AUGGAGCGUGACAGCCGGAGAGACCGUGGCCAGUGGCGUGGUUGCCACACCUUCAAGGAUAUCAUCUGCGAGGGUGACGACCCUAGUCGACGUGUCCCCCGCUCGGGUGGCCUUAAGAUGGGCAACACCUACUACUACUAUUACGAGCUUGACGGUUCGACAGAGACUGACGAUCCGACCAUGCCGUCCACCACCGCCUGCCCCUACCUUCCUGGACAACGUGUCAACAAGCUCUGGGUGCCUCUCGAGCAGUCUGGCCGCGAGCGCUGUGCGUCUGCUGGCUCAGUUCACAGCAGUGACUACCAGACCUUGAACCCCGACGACCGUUUUACUACGCCACAGCAGCGACCUGUUACGCCCGUCGUCCGCCUAACGGCAGCUGAGCCCGAGACGGCCAUUCUUCCACCACCGCCACGGGCGUCAUCGCCAUCGCCCAAAUUGUUGCCACCGUGCAGUGCACCCAACAGCACGUCUGCAGCAGCUGCUUCUACUUGGUCGCCACGCCGCCUGUUUCGGAGGCCCAGCCCUGCGCGGAACGUGACGGGAGGAGACAGCAGCCAUGACGGGGCUCUCUCAACGACAUCGCGAGCCCCUCGCCUUAUUUCCUGGGCAUCAUCGUCAUCUCUAUCUUCCCUGCGCCGCUCUGCCGCCCCUCCGUCUGUGCACUCGGUCCGUUCUACAAGCUCGUCGCAAGGGGGCAGCCGCUCACGAGAUAUCUCGCCAGAAUCUCUGCGCCGCUUCUUAGUUGAAGAUGCGCCGCCCAAAGAUGGCAUUACAAACUCGACCGCCGCCUCUGCUACUGCUGCUGAUGCUGACGACGAAGCAAACGACGACGAACACAACUUUGCUACGUCGGCUGUAUCAGAGACGGCUCCCUUCACAAUUUUGUCGCCUCCUCCCCCUCCGCGGCCUUCGACACCGGUGCCAUUCUCGCUAAUCGGAGACCGCAGUAUCAGCAACGAGACUGCAACACUUCCCAUGGUCCCGACGCGAGCUGCACCUUCCAUUCCGCCGACGGCAGACAGAGAUGCUUGCCUGCAGCUUGGCAGCUCCUGGCUGUCGCUGUCACCAGCGAUGCAAGCCACAUCACCGCCCUUGCCGGCGCUCUCGUUCCGGUCCCACGGCCCACACGGCAGUGUUUCAUCAGCGUCCUGCUCCAUCUCUCAGUCGGAGACGGAAGAUGAUGAGGAUGUUGACAUUGACCACGAAGCCUUUCUGCUCCCUCCUCGCCAUGUCUACGGCCAGCAUAGCAGCAGGCUUCUAGCAACCGCUAGCAGCAGCGGCAGCAGCAAGGCGGCCCAGGAGCACCACAGCCAUAUCGUCGUCGCGGAUUCUUCGUUCCCUGACACAAACAGCACAUCUACGCUGGUCCCCGGUGGCAGACUGUUCGACUUGACAGAAGAGCUAGGCUGGAUGGCAUCAGCUAUCCAGGGGUAA